CACGCAUAGUUUUUUCCCUUGUUAAACCGGGACAAAUUCCCUCCAAGUUUGAAGUGAUCUACGCACACAGCACAUAGGGUUUUGGGGGUUUUCUCUUCUCUGCAUUCUGAAACCCUUCCCAUGUCGUCGUCGUCGUCAUCAAGUAGCGCCUACGACGUGCCAUGGGUGGAGAAGUACCGUCCCAACAGAGUCGCCGACAUUGUCGGCAACGAGGACGCCGUCUCCAGACUCCAAGUCAUCGCUCGCGACGGCAACAUGCCCAACCUCAUUCUCUCCGGUCCUCCCGGAACCGGGAAAACCACUAGCAUUCUCGCCCUCGCGCACGAGCUUCUCGGCCCAAAUUACAAGGAAGCCGUUCUCGAACUAAAUGCAUCGGAUGAUAGAGGAAUUGAUGUUGUGAGGAAUAAGAUCAAGAUGUUUGCUCAGAAGAAAGUGACACUACCUCCGGGGCGACACAAGGUGGUGAUACUUGAUGAAGCUGAUAGCAUGACCUCUGGGGCGCAGCAAGCAUUGAGAAGGACGAUGGAGAUAUUUUCUAACACUACUCGCUUCGCUCUUGCUUGCAAUACCUCCGCUAAGAUUAUUGAGCCCAUUCAGAGUAGAUGUGCCAUUGUGCGAUUUUCGCGAUUAUCUGAUCAAGAGAUACUUGGUCGCCUCAUGGUUGUGGUUCAAGCUGAGAAGGUUCCCUAUGUUCCUGAAGGACUUGAAGCCAUCAUUUUCACUGCUGAUGGUGAUAUGAGGCAGGCCUUGAAUAACUUGCAAGCAACAUUCAGUGGGUUCCAAUUUGUUAACCAAGCAAAUGUUUUCAAGGUUUGUGACCAGCCGCAUCCGCUGCAUGUGAAGAAUAUGGUUCGUAAUGUGAUUGAAGGGAAUUUUGAUGAAGCUUGUUCGGGCCUCAAGCAACUGUAUGACUUGGGAUAUUCCCCCACAGAUAUCAUCACGACACUUUUUCGUAUAAUAAAAAAUUACGAUAUGGCUGAGUACCUGAAGCUGGAAUUCAUGAAGGAAACUGGGUUUGCUCAUAUGAGAAUUUGUGAUGGAGUUGGUUCUUAUCUUCAGUUGUGUGGUCUAUUGGCUAAGCUUUCUGUUGUUCGUGAGACGGCUAAAGCUGUAUGAGUAGUUUUCCUGAGUACAGCUGAGAUAUGUCAUUAUUUUUUUCAAUAGUAAAAAUGUUCUGUUGAUGUAGCCUUAUACUCUUGAUGUCUCGAUGCUAACUGAUGCUCCAAUGCUUCGACUUCUAUAAAUAUGUUGCGUUUAGAGUGGGUCAAUAACUAUCUCUUCUGAAAAUGUUUUAUUUGUAUACUAUUUAGUUAUAGUUAUUAAUUAUGAUCGCAAUUUUAUAAUA